AUUUAUUAUCAUACAUACAUAUAAAUAUAUUGAACCAAAUUGUAUUACAGGGUCCGUGUCCACCGUUCUCAUUUAGCCUCAAAAUCUCGAACGUAGCUAUGUUUUCUGAAGGUUAUUGAUAAGUUUCCGGGGACACGCGAAUGCAGCAGCGAUGUAUGCAGUAAUUGGCUUCAAGCACAGAGGGUCGCUGUUGGACAAUCAUCACUACCUUGUCACACUGGAUCCCCCUUUACCUGAGUGCCACAAACAAUCUGGACUCAGGUGAAGGGAAAUGACCAAAAAAAAUGUAAUCCUGAUGUAACCCCUGACCCAUGCAGGUUUAGCUGGCAUCAAGAGAAUGACUGUCUGCCCUGUAGUACAGGUGGAUUCAUGGUAAAGUGGGAGAAAGUGUCUGGUUAAUUGCUCGUUAAUUUUACAUCUUCACCUGCCUGGUUAGCAUUUGGUUACUCAUCUUUGGACAUUGUGCUUUUUGUAAUUCCUGCACUACCUUAUCUUCAAUUCAUCAAUCACCCUCUGACUUUAUGAUGUGCCUAACGGUUACCAUAUCCUCCACCCCUAUGUUCUGCUGCUGUCAUACACAGGAAGUUACUCUGCUGCUUCUGCUUUUGAUGCUUCUGCGGUUUCUGUCUGUGUUAGAAUGUGUCACACACUCCCCUCUCCUUCCUCUCACACGCAGUCCUAUACCAAACUCACCAGAGGAGUUUUCGAUCAACUAGCGUAGAGAAUAGUGAGUAAUAGAUAGGUGCUACUUUCUUGGUGCCCUAACAAGCCCAAUCAAGGCUUGUUGCCUUAUCCUCAAAGAUACUUGUAGACAGAGAGAGACAGGUUGAAGAGAAGACAGACAUGAGGACGAACUGCCUUCUUUCAUCAUCCACCCUGUCCUCAGGACCAAGACGGAUGCAGUAAACAAGUGGCUUGAUGUUCCUCUCGCUGAAGGCCCAAAGACUCAGUUUGAUAUAGGCCUGCUUGAUCUUGUCAUUUGGAGUGAGCGCCUUUUGUCACUCUGUGGAAUAUACUGAUUUUUCAGCAAAAAUAGUGUUUGUGUAAAGCUUUCCUCCUGGAUUACUUGUGGAGAUUAGUGAUGGGGAAUGCGGCUGCAGGGGGCUUGGAGCAGGAACCGGCUGAGGGGCGAGAGGCCAGGAACUCAGUUGGGGCAGCUACAGGUAUGAGUGACCCCACACCAGCCUUGCAGAAGAAGCAGCCGGCUCCCCCCAAACUGCCCAUGCCUCCAGAGGAGGAGCUGGAGGCACGCUUCAACGUGGUGCUGAGCUACAUGAAUCUGCCCCCAGAUAAACUGAAGCUUUUGAGUAAUUACGAUAACGAAAAGAAGUGGGAGCUAGUCUGUGAUCAGGAGCGUUUCCAAGUAAAGAGCCCCCCAUCCACCUACCUGACUAAGAUCAAGAGCUUCUACCAAGAUCAAGGAGGGGUGACUCGCAGGCAGAAGAAACGGAUCCAAGAAGCCACCCAGGUCCUUAAAGAUUUGGAGAUUUCCCUUCGCACCAAUCACAUUGGAUGGGCACAAGAGUUUCUCAAUGAUGAUAACAAAGGUUUGGAUAUCUUGGUGGAAUACCUGUCCCAUGCACAGUGUGACGUCUCGUUUGAUGUGGAGAGUGUUGAAAAUGGCAGCCUCGCAUCAGACAAAGGAAAGCCAGCAGAGAGGUCAAUGGAAGACUUGACCAAGAGCUCCAGCAGCUCCCACUCGCAUGGGAUGACCAGAGCUGCUCGAGCGCUGACUGUAAGAAUAAGCAACACUCUGGGAAACAAGAUGCAUAAAAAGUCCCACUCAUCCAGCCAGAGAGAUGAUGUACAUGUGUGCAUAAUGUGCCUGCGGGCCAUCAUGAACUACCAGUCUGGUUUUAACCUGGUGAUGACUCACCCACGCUGUGUGAAUGCGAUCACCCUCAGUCUCAACAGCAAGAAUCCCAGGACCAAAGCCCUUGUGUUGGAGUUGCUGGCUGCAGUGUGUCUUGUCAGGGGAGGACAUGACAUCAUUCUCUCUGCUUUUGACAACUUCAAAGAGGUGAGCAAAGAAAGGAACCGCUUUGAGAAGUUGAUGGAGUACUUCAUCAAUGAUGACAGCAACAUUGACUUCAUGGUGGCAUGCAUGCAGUUCAUAAACAUCGUGGUCCACUCAGUGGAGAACAUGAACUUCCGUGUCCAUCUACAGUAUGAGUUCACUCACCUCGGAUUAGACAAGUAUUUGGAGAGCCUGAAGCAAACAGAGAGCGAGAAGCUGCAGGUCCAGAUACAGGCCUACCUGGACAAUGUCUUAGAUGUAGGAGCACUGCUGGAGGAUGCUGAGAACAGAGGAGGGGUGCUGGAGCAUGUGGAUGAACUGCAAGAGCAUAACACACAGCUGAGUGCCCGGCUUCAGGAAAUUGACAGUCAGGCCACAGAGAGAAUAUCCGAACUCGAGACUCAGCUCAUGCAGGCCACCAAGGAGACUGAGCUGCUCAAAGAAAGUCUGCGAGAGUCCUGUUCCCAGGUUAGUGGCUUGCAGCAAAGAGAAAGGGAGCGGGAGCUGGACAGGGAGAGGGAGAAGGAUAGGGAGCGUCUGAGCACCUCCACCCCACAGACGACUUCAGAGUUGGAGCAGAAGAUCCAGGAGUUGCAGGACAAGGGGCUGAUCCGACUGGGACGCAGUGCCUCGGGUGGUCUGGACAUCCAGGUUGUGCCUGUCAAAGUGGUCGAAUAUGUUCAAGUCCCAGCCCCAGCCGCCCAGCCCAGCACUCCGGACUCUGUCAGUGAUUCUCCCUCCCCAGCAUCUAGCGGCCCUGACUCUGCCGUUCCGCCCCCUCCUCCUCCUCCCCCUCCUCCUCCUGGUGGUCCAGGUGCCUCUCCUCCACCGCCUCCUCCACCUCCACCUCCACCCAUAGCUGGAGGUAGUGCUGUGCCCCCUCCUCCUCCACCACCUCCUCCUGCUCCUGGAGGAGGCCCACCACCUCCUCCUCCCCCACCUGGUGCUGGACCCCCGCCCCCGCCUCCCCCACCUGGUGGUGGACCCCCACCCCCUCCUGGAGCACCAAACACUCAAUCUGGGCUUAAGGGUAAGAAGACCAUUCAGACCAAGUUCAGGAUGCCGUUGCUUAACUGGCAGGCUUUAAAACCAAACCAGGUGAAAGGCACCGUCUUUAAUGACCUGGAUGAUGAGCAGGUCUUAGAGGAGUUGAACAUGGAGAUGUUUGAGGAGCACUUUAAGACUAAGGCCCAGGGUAAUCCUACAGACCUGUCGGCUGUGAAGAAGAAGGUUCAGAAGGCCCCCAGCAAGACGUCCCUGAUUGACCCCAACAAGGCAAAGAAUCUGGCUAUCACUCUACGCAAGGGGGGAAUGAGCCCAUCUAAAAUCUGCACCGCCAUAGAGACGUAUGACCAGGAGUCUUUGUCCAUAGACUUCCUUGAAUUGCUCGAGCACUUCAUACCAUCAGAUUUUGAGAUGAAGCUGCUGCUUAACUACGAGAAGGACGGCCGCCCGCUCGAUGAUCUGACUGACGAAGACCAAUUUAUUUUACGCUUUGGGAAGAUUCCUCGUCUGAGCCAGCGAAUUAACACUCUCACUUUCAUGGGCAACUUCCCGGAGACUGUGAAACGUCUGCAGCCGCAACUGAACUCGAUCAUUGCUGCGUCCAUGUCCAUCAAGUCUUCAACCAAAUUGAAAAAGAUCUUAGAAAUUGUUCUCGCCUUUGGCAACUAUAUGAACAGCAGUAAGAGGGGCUCAGCUUACGGUUUUCGGCUGCAGAGUCUGGACCUUCUGUUGGAGACCAAGUCCACUGACCGCUCACAGACUCUGCUUCACUUCAUCACCAACAUCAUCCUGGAAAAAUAUGCCGACUUGGCCAACUUCCACACCGAGCUACACUUUGUGGACAAGGCAGCACUUGUGUCUCUGGAUGGUAUUCUUCAAGAUAUCCGCUCAUUAGAACGAGGAAUGGAGAUGACCAAGAAGGAGUUCCUGGUGCAGGAUGACAGCCCAGUGUUGAAGGAAUUCAUCAAAAAAAACAGCGAGCAGCUGGAUUCUUUGAUCAAAGACAGCAAGACAGCACAGGAGGCUUACUGCUCUGUGGUGGAGUAUUUUGGAGAGAACUCAAAAACCACACAGCCUUCAAUGUUUUUCCCGAUGUUUGGACGCUUCAUAAAGGCCUAUAAGAAAGCAGAGGAAGAGAUUCAGCAGAAAAAGAAAAUGGAGAGUCAGGCCAACGAUGUAAGAGACUCUCCAUCUCCCAACAAGGCUGGAGCACAAAAGGGGCCUAUGAUGCCCAAGAUGCCUCAGAUGGACCUGAUAGCGGAGCUGAAGAAAAGGCAGGUGAAACCCCAAGUACGUGAGGGGAAAGACGGUGCUUUGGAGGACAUCAUCACAGAUUUGAGGAACACACCAUACAGGCGGACAGAUGGUCGACGGCCAGCUCAGCGCCAGGAGACUUGAGCCAUUUCUGGACCAAGACAUUUUGCAAAUGUAACUGGAAUCACACUCAGGCAUACACACAAAAGAACCUGCUUCAAAAUGUUCUGUAUAUAAUCUAUGUCAAAGUACAUGUUCAUGUACAUGUUCAAAAUAGCCACAUGGUAGUGUGUGUUUGCCUACAUUUUAGUAUGAAUUUGCUCUGUACAUAGAAUUAAGUUUGAAUUAUUUGUAUUUUUUAAUUAAAUGAAUUUGGUUCCAAAUAUCACUGAACAUUUUUCUGUAGGUCCUCAUGGAUUUGUAUGUUUCAAACUUGUACUGUUAUUACCUAUUACAUAUCGAGAAAUAAAAAAAAAAUCAUGAACAUUUUAAAAUAAGCCUGUUUUUUAACCAUUGUUCCUGUAAUUUUAAUUUUUCUACAAAACAAGAGCUUUGACCUGAUGUCGGAUGCAACAUCCAGGUUGUAUCCAC